AUGGGUAACGUUCCAACAAAGUUAGAUCAAGAUGGAAAUCCCAUCGAAACAGUUUCUAGGCCUGGUUAUCCAUCAGGCACUACCGGUUCAUCUAGUACAGGAACCACAAUAAGUACACAGUCAGGUACUGAUGGAAGAACGAGGAAUAAAAGAGCAACUUCUUUAGUGAGUACAUUUUUAAACUCAAGUAAUCGAUACCGUAGUGAAUCUCUUCAAGAUGGUACUUACCAUUCUCCUCAUAAGAGACGUAGUACAAAGGAAAAAGAACAAAUGAAGGAGCAACAUGCAAGGAAUAUACUUGUAAAAUAUGAUGAAUCUGUAGAUGGUGGGUUUAUGGCUCCAUUUGGAUCAUAUAGUUAUGACAAAUUAGAUUAUGAUACAACAGUAGUGAAAUCAUUAAUCAUUCAAAGAAGAUUAGCACCAUUUUAUACACCUUUACAAGAUUUUGACUCAUCGUGGUCUAGAGAAGAAUUAUUGAAAAUUGUUGAUGGAUUACCGUUACAUGAAUCCUUUGAUGAAAAUCCAGAAGAAUUUGAAGAUAUACCAAUUGGAGAUUUAAAUAAAUCCAAUUUUGAUUAUUUAAUCGAUAAAAAUGCAAGUAAGAAAGAAUAUCGUAAUUUACAUUCUAAGAUCUUUAGAGCAAGAUUAUAUAGAAAGAGAAUUAUUUGGCAAGAGACAGAAAAUGAAUCCUUUUUAGAGACAAAAUUAGAAGUUAGAGAGGGUAAAGCACAAAAUAGUUAUUUACCAUGUGAUGAUUUAAAAUAUGAUUUAUAUUCAAAUGGAUCCGAAUGUCCUAUUUGUUUUCUUUAUUUCCCCGAACCUUUAAAUUAUUCUAAAUGUUGUCAACAACCGAUUUGUACAGAAUGUUUUGUACAAAUAAAGAGAGCAGAGCCUCAUUUUCCACACGAAGAAGUAGAUCCGACUAAACCAAUAAAGGAUGAUAGCGAAAAGGAUCCAAACUUAUUAACCACAGAACCAUCUAAUUGUCCAUAUUGUGCAACUUCUAAUUUUGCAAUAGUUUAUACUCCACCAUUGAAUCGUAAAGUUGGUAUUCAAGGUAUACCACCUGCUACUUAUACUAGUCAAUCGAAAGAUUCAGAAACAAAAGAACCAGUACAGAAGGAUGAAAAGGAAGUUCCAACAAUAUCAACACCAUCAUCUAAUAACGUAGUCAGUUCAGAUGAUAUACGUCCUGAUUGGGAAACAAAAUUAAAUAAAGAGAGAAUGAGACUAGCUCGAAGAUCAGCUAAUGCUACAGCUAUUCAUGUUAGUAAUCAAUUAAUUGACCCUGACUAUACAAGUACUAGUAAUGAUACAACAGUGUCAUCUUCAAAAAGAUCUACAAAUACAACUUCAAGACAGGGAAGUAAUACUGCAUCAAGAGGUGGUAGACAGAGGUCCAGACAAAGUAUGAACGAUCUAGAGAAUCAAAUGAUUCAAGAGGCCAUAAGGUUAAGCCUUGAAGAUGAACAACAGAAUAAGUCCUCUAAAACGAAAAAGUGA